UCGUCUCGUCUUCUAUUGUGCGGGAGUGAGUUUGGAAUAUCUCUGCGUGUUUUUCGGUUAAGUGUUUCCAAUCCAGUCUGAAGUUCUUGCCCGUCGAAAACAGGCUUCCAGUGCUAUCGAAUCCGAAAUGGCUGACGUCGACGAUGCCCAACUUCAACUGCUUAAAAGGGCGUUUUCUAUGUUCGACUCUGCGAAACGUGGCUCCAUCGAACGGGAAAAAGUAAGGACGAUCCUCACCACCUUGGGACACAGUUACGAUGACAAAGAACUGGAAGCCAUGUUGACUGAAGAAGAUCCAGAAGAUACCGGCACCGUAAACUUCGACUCGUUCUGUCGCGUUGCGUCUCACUUCUUAGAAAACGAAGACGAAGAAGCUCUCCAGAAAGAACUGAAAGAAGCUUUCAGAUUGUACGACAAAGAAGGUAACGGUUACAUCCCUACCUCAAGUUUAAGGGAAAUUCUUGCAGCCCUCGAUGAUCAAUUGACUAGCGAUCAGCUUAACGAGAUGAUCGCAGAAAUCGAUACGGAUUCAUCUGGGACCGUCGACUUUGAUGAAUUUAUGGAAAUGAUGACUGGAGAUUAGAAUCUUAAGCAACAAUCACAGCUUAAAAUAACUAUGGAAAUCGUUAAAUAUAUCCUUAUUGUGUAACACAUUUCUUGAAGAAUUAUUAAUAAAUGAAUUAAUAGGAA